AAAUUAAAGGCCACUCCCAUCUCUCGUUCGCCCGAGGAGAAGAAAAAGAGAAACAACGAAAACCUAAUUAGGGUUUGACAAUGGCGGAGAAGAUAGUGUCGGCGUCGGAGUUCGAUGUGAUCCCACCGCCGAAGAAGAUUCGGAAAGUGGAUGGAGAAGACUGCGACAACUCGGAAUCGGAGAUGGAUUCGGGGGCCGAUGAGUUCCUCCCGCCGCCUCCGCCGCCGCCGGCGCCGCCGACGGUUCGGACGGUGAACGACGAAGACAUACCCGAAAGCGAAAUCUCGGAAUACUCACACUCUUGCACAACGAAAUACUACAUCUUCGGAAAUCGAAUAUUCCGCAACGACAUUUUACCAGAGGCAGAGGAAGAGUAUGAGCCCCAAUACCAGCGUUUUUGCUACCUAAAUCAUCGGUCUCAGGGUUUCGAGAUUAACUGGGAUGAGUUCGAUUUCAUGUUUGGUACUCAAUCUGUUGCGUGGUGCACAAGCCGUCUGGUGACCAAGAUGAGCAACGACGAGCUGAUUGAAUAUUUGACGCGCUAUGCCAUCGACAAGCACAACAAUGAGUCGGAACAGAAAACGAAUCUGGUGUACGUGGGGCCUGUCAUGGCUAAUUUCUUGUGUGCCGCAGGCUACGUGUUCUUCAUAACAUUCCGAGCGAGAGAUGUGCUGUCUCCGGAUCCCGAGCCCAAACUCUAUCAGACAAAGGUGCGCAAGUUUGCAGCUUUGAUCGAUGUUACGAUUUUCAGACCACGGCCAUCGGAUGAAGAUGGUGAUGCAGAGAUGACUUGUGCCAAAGUGGAUCCUCCCGCUCCCGCUCCCGCUCCAUGACAUGACAUGACAGGCGUUAAUUGGCAUAACUUUAUGUGUGGAUUAUAACGUUAGAUAUGAUAUGUUAUAUAUAUUCUGUCUCUGCAUCGAGCUUGUUGUUUGCUUGACAAGUUCAUAUCUUUGCGGAUUGGUUCUUCCUGGGUUUCUGAGUUGUUCAUUUCUCCCUGGGUUUUGUUUAA